CCCAAGUUGUAGAACCAAUCAAACUUUUGACCGUAUGGUCCAAGACUGAAUUCUAAUUACAGAAGCUAGCCAGUUAGCGUGACCAUGACACUGGAUAACAACACGCGUCCUUCAUUUCUACACGCAUUCACUUUCUCCUUCGUUUACUUGCCUACCAAGUUCUUAUCCUUGCAAAUCUACAUUCAUGCCUCACUUUCGCUAUAUAUACACACACAAACACACACACACCACCUUCCUUUUCUCAGUUUUGCUGUCAAUCUAUAACUAUAAGCCAAGCAAGCAAUCGGCAUAUACGAGCAUGACUAUGAACACGAAGAACAAGUCUCUGCUAAGCCGUCUGAGGAUGGUGGUGAACAAGGUAAGGCUCCUACUCAGCUCCGCCGUCCUCAGCCGCACCUGGCAGAUUGCAUCCGUCAUCCGCCGGGCUUCUUCUCUUCCCCACAAACGCCACCUCAGCUUCAGCGAUCGCUCACCGUCCGGCUUGGUGAUCUGUAACUCCGUCAUCGACGAAGUAAACACCAGCCCUGAUCAAGGUUCGGCAUCUUCGAAUAGACUUAUAAGGACCGCGAGUUGUUCUUCGGACGAUGAUAUCGACAAGAGAGCAGAGAUCUUUAUAAAUAACUUCAGGCGUCAGCUUCAAAUGGAGAGACAGAUCUCGCUGCAGCUUCGAUAUUGCAGAACAAAUAGCUUUGAACCUUCUCCAUGAUUGAAUUCUUUCAGUCUGAAUUGGACCGUGUUCAAGAUUAAUGGAGAGUUUGUGAACAUUUUGGUUUUCUCCUUCUGGGUUUUUCAGGGAAGGACGCAAUUCGUUUUGAUCCAAUCGGCAUGAAGAGAUGACGGCUUUGGAUUGAUCACAGAUUGUAGAAAUUGGCAUAUCUCGAUCGAUCUCUGCUUUUUUUAAUUGGGCAAGAAUGAUCGGGGAAAUUAGUGUUAAUUGAUUUAUUAUUUUUUGAUUGUGAGACGCUGUCAGCUUAUUUCAAUGCAAAUUCGCUAAAGAACUUUUUUUUUUUUUUUUUGUGUAUUCAGAUGCACGACGCGAGUGUUGUUUAAUUUAAUUUGUCCAAUGUAUUGGUGUGAAAAAUUAUGAAAAAUAACUCAAACUAUAUUUGAGUGUUCAUUUGAAAUAAAAUAAAUAUUUAUAUUGUAAA